GCUGGAUCCACGCACUCCGUUCCGGAGCUUUCAUUUCAGUAAUGGGUCACUUGACACUGCGAUCUGGUGACUAUUUACCAUCGCAGGAGCCGCAGUUUGAGCCGCGUUGGGUUUAGCUCGGGAUCAGGUUACGGGAGAGACACAGAGACAGAGGCAGGGCCCUGAGAACUGGCGAAACCUUCAUGGAGAUUGAAGCGACUCUCUGUGAGACUUCUGACUGCUCCCGAAGCGACCAAGCGCACCAAUUACUGCCUCAGGCUUUGAAUGGAGCUCCUGUCGUAAUAUAAAGAAAAUCUGCCAAUUUGUGCACAAAUAAGAUCCUACAAAGCAACGUGUUCUUCACCUGGGACCAGAUAUGGAAUAAACAGAACUCACUGCAGAAGGAAAAUUCUGAUCCUGUGACGGCUGGAAACACCCAGAGCAGUAAAUGCCAGGCGAGGCCUACUGUGUGAGGCUGAGGUUGACAUGUCUCGAGUUUCCUCCUCAUCCACAGCGAAGCGAAUUGGGAACUAUACUGGCAGCACCCUCUCCAGCUCUCACUAUGGCACCAUGUACCACAGCUACACUCCCAGCCUGGGCACCAGUUACACAGACAAGGACAAGCUUUAUAAACCAGGCUACACCAACUGUAUCACCCAUGCCAGUUCUGGCCGAGCAGCGAGCAAGUGUAUGGUGGAUGCUGACCGUGGCCGGCAGAUCCCACACGCUGACAUACUGAACAGGCGCAGCGAGAGUUUGAAUCGUGUUCCCCUGAAAGCCUUCCCUAGCGGACUGAGUGGCGGAUACUGUGGUAACUAUGGUUACAGCACGGUGAGCAGCCCAAUGGGCUACCCUCCCCCUGGGCUGUCUCUAACCCGCAGGAAAUCCAUCAGCCAGACUGACCUAAACCGAGACCUGCUGAGCCUCCACAUGGCAGACACGUACCAGUUAAACUCCACAAAAAGCCCAACCCUCGCUCGACGCCACAUGGAUUCCCAGGCCGGGAGCUACAGAGCCUGCAGCCGGAGUGACAGCACUGAUGCUCACUUCAGUAAGGGCUCUGGAGCUUACAGCUUACCACGGAGCAUGACACAGGAAACCAUUACAGCUUCAUUUAAAAGUACUGAUCGCUUCAGCCCAUCGUGGGAGAGGAGUGCAAGUAGCGGAAACUGUGCUUCACCUGUACGAGACAGAACGAAUUCUAAAACCAGCCAGGGCCUUGUGGGGCUUCGAAAUCUGGGCAACACAUGUUUCAUGAACUCCAUCCUGCAGUGUUUGAGCAACACCCGGGAGCUGAGAGAUUAUUGUAUUCAGAACACCUACCGGCGAGAUCUGAACAACAGGAACCGCACCAACACUGCACUAAUGGAGGAAUUUGCAAAACUUCUCCAGGCCAUGUGGACAUCCUCCAGCAAUGACCCCAUCAGUCCCUCAGAGUUCAAAACACAAAUUCAAAAAUAUGCUCCACGAUUUGUUGGAUACAACCAACAGGAUGCCCAGGAGUUUUUGCGUUUUUUGCUGGAUGGGCUUCAUAAUGAAGUGAACAGAGUGUCAGUGCGUUCCAAGGCUAUGGUGGAGGACUUAGACCACCUUCCGGAUGAUGAGAAGGGGAGAAGAAUGUGGAAGAAAUACCUGGAGAGAGAGGACAGUCGGAUUGUAGAUCAUUUUGUGGGCCAGUUGAAAAGCUCCCUGACCUGCAGUGAAUGUGGCUACUGUUCCACAGUGUUUGACCCUUUCUGGGACUUGUCACUGCCCAUCUCAAAGAAAGGUUAUGGUGAAGUUUCGCUAAUGGAUUGUAUAAGACUCUUCACGAAAGAGGAUGUUCUGGAUGGAGAUGAAAAGCCAACCUGCUACAGAUGUAAAACACGAAGAAAAUGUACCAAGAAAUUCACAAUCCAGAAAUUCCCAAAGAUCCUUGUGCUUCAUUUGAAGCGAUUCUCUGAAGCUCGGAUCCGCACCAGUAAACUCACUACUUUUGUAAAUUUUCCUCUAAAGGACCUUGACCUUCAAGAGUUCUCAUCGGAAGGCUCUGCCCAUGCAGUUUACAAUCUGUAUGCUGUGUCCAAUCACUCGGGUACCACCAUGGGUGGACAUUACACUGCAUACUGCAAGAGCCCACAAUCUGCUGAGUGGUACAACUGUAAUGACUCUAGAGUAACUCCAAUGUCAUCAAACCAGAUACGGACAAGUGACGCCUAUGUACUAUUUUACGAACUCUCCUGUCCUUCCUCUCGGAUAUAAGUCUUCAGACAUGAGAACAGGGGAAAGACAAAGCAGCUUAAACUGUCUCAGCAAAGCCAACAUUUUAAAGUGUUCAUCACGUAUGUCCUUAUGGUGCAACACCAGAUCCUUGACUAGCAGUUCAACCAACCAAUGUCCAGAACAACUGACUGCACCAGGACCAAGAGGGGGAGAAGGAGGGAGGGACAACACAAAGGGCUCUCUUUCAGAAAUUCAGGGGUCACUAGCCCUGAAGUCAUUGACAGUUAUUUUCCGAAGUACACACCAGCAUCUGAUGCAGGGUGAACCUGGGUCAGAUCCAACACCUUGCUGAUGAAAUUCUGCCUGCGGCAGUGAGCAGUUGGACCUGCAGGUUCUGCAUCAGCAUCUCUCCUCAACGCUGUCUUGGAGCAUGUUUAUUUUCGAUUGCAGAAUUUUUCUUGCAAGUUUUUUUGAAACAUUAAAACAACAGAUUUGUUACAUAGAGGGAUAGAGAUGAUCUGUUGCUGUUUCAGAUCCUCAGUUACAAAGGAAUCUGGUUCAGGCUGUUUUUAUUUAAAUGUUUAUAUAACUUUUUGGGAUAGUGGCAGUAGCCUAAAUUCCUGCCACACGUCUGGUUAGAACCAUGAGUCUAAAGGGCAAUGUUUCUGAUUUUCCUAAUUGUUCUCUUCAAUGAGGAAUUACCCCAUUUCACUAUCUCCAUGGUGCCUGCAAUAUUAAAUACUACUUUAAAAAUUCAUAUUUUGGUAAAUUUGAAAUAUAAUUUUGAAACUAACCAUUAGCUCUUAAUUAACAUUGAUUUCCUGAAUUGGUACUGUUCAUAAGGACUGACAAGUAACAUUUUACUUGCCUGAAAUAAUCAGCUUUAUCUGAGUUAGAGAUUUGUCUGUGAUUCCUAUUUGUUAAACUAUUAAAUGGGGCUAAAGAUUUGUGCAGCUAACAAAAAGCUAGCAUCUUACUGGCACAGAAUUCUUUUAUAACACUACCGGAGAAGGUCUGCAUUUUCAGAUUCUAAGUGAUAAUGACCUCAUUGUGUUCACAGCUUAGUUUUGUUUUGAAAGUCUCCUGAGAGAAUCUCUCAGAUUCUAUGGAUAUUGUGAAAACCAUGGAGUUGGUCAGUAGAGUUCCGGGAAUUUGUUUUCUUUGUCUAUCUUUAGACCUACAGCUGGUCCUCUAGGAAGUGAUCAAUUGGUGCUGUCUUCCAUCGUGUUGUCUAAGUUCACUCAAACGUUUCCCUUUCUCUUUUGUUUGUUUGCCUUGUGCCUUUCCUGCUGCCUCCUUCCCUUACCUCCUCUACCAUCAUUUCCUCCAGGACACUGCAUCCUCUACAGGUCAUUUCUCACUUUGCUUCCUCACUUUACACGUACCUUUUGUUUCCAAAAUGAUAUUCGGGGAAAGGAAUUAACCUUAAAGGCAUAGUGUUAAUUGUAAUCUUUUCAAUGAUUUGGAGUUUUCAACUUCACAACUGAAAUAGGUAGAUUGUUUGACCAUGAAGUGAACCCUUUUGCCUUUGUUGAUAUCCCAACCCCCAAUUUUUCCCCAUUACACAGCUCCUCUGCUGUACUCAGUGCAGAGCCAAGCUCUGGAGAAAGGGAUAUAGAGUCAGAAGUUCAACAAUCAGGCAUUAUUAGCACAGCGAUUGUCUACUUAAAUUUUAAAAAGCCCUGCAGGGAUUUUUAUUGUGACAGAGCUGCAUGAGAUGAGCAGAAUAUGCAUCUAACAAACCUGUAUUUUCUGCAAUAACAAAAUGGUUUCCAGGGGAAAUCGUAGAACAUAGAACAUUACAGUGCAGCACAGGCCCUUCGGCCCUCAAUGUUGUGCCGACCUGGGAAACCAAUCUGAAGCCCAUCAGUAAGGUCAUAUUUUAUAGGUUCAAAUAAUAGGAUUCUCACAUUUGUCUGUUGUUAAUUUUGCCUCCAGAUCCUCUCUGCUUUGACAGUAAAAGGAUAACUUUCCAUCUGAGAUACAAAAUCAUAUGGAAUGGAAGAGAUUAGCUUUAGCUUUAAAGGAUUGUAGAGCAUGUGACCCUGGAGCAUUUUCAAACACUGUUUGUUUUGUAGUUCUCUUUCUGCCCAAGAUGUAACUGGGUAACUUCUGAAAAGCACACACUGUCCAUUGUUCUUGUUGGCAUCACUGUCUGAGCCAGUCACUCAGUUAAUAUCAUUAUUUCACUAAGGAUGGGGUUUGGAAGAAAAAUACAAACCAGUGGAGGAGUCCGUAUCUUCUGUUAAUAACAUUGUACCUCUUUCAUCUCACUCACAGCCUUUACUCCACAUCCUUUAAUUGCCCUGCCUUUUAAAUAGCUGUGUAAAGAUGAUCGAUGCUCACACAGUGACCAUCUCAGGCAGUGCCCUGUCUUCUCUGACCAGCUGUAUGAAAACAUUUUCUGGAUGUUCUUUUAACUGGCCUGUUCCAGCCCAUUCCACUCCCUUUGUAUUCCCCUCCAACACUUCAAACCAGUAAUGCUGCUACCUCCGGUGCAGUAUAAUUGCUCUGUUCAGAUACUCCCUAGCUAACCGUCUGAAGAUCUUGGUGGGAAGGGGCUUGGCACAUGUUUCAUAAAUGCACAGUCCAUCUUUUAUCACCUAUACUCCCAUCCGCACUCCCAAAACCCAUUGUUCUUUAGGGCUUUUAAAUUUUGUUUUAUUUAAAAGAAACUCUUGUUUUAACAUGUUAAUUUUAAAUUCUAAACUAAUGCAUGGAGACGUGAUGACUGUUCUAUUUUGAUAUGUAGUGAGUUUAUGGAUGUAUCUUGUUUACUGUGUAAACAAGCAAUGGAUAUAUUUUAUAUUAUGUACUGAGGCAUUGUACAUAAGAAAUUUUAACUAAAUAGAUAUCUAUAGUAUAUAUAGAAUAACAUCUGUGUGUAUGCACGCACAGUAUAAAUAUAUAUAAACCUAUGCCUUGAAAUGACAGCCUGGUGAGCAAGUACAAAGCAACAGUCUUUGAUCUUUUUGUACAGCCUGAAAUCCUGUUUUGGAGUAUUGUCUAAUUUAUAUAAGGAAUGUUCUGUUCUCUCUGGUUGUAGAACUGACCAUAUUCAUAACUGUAAGUGUGAAGAUCCCGGGGAAUAGUCUGGUUGGUUUGAUUUUUCUGUACAGUGUGUUUUUAUUUUUUAAUCUUCCUUUACUCUGAUCUAUUUGUUCCCCCUAAGAUCACCCCAGUUUGGAGAACAUGCCCAUUUUGUUUUCGACUAAAUAUAUCCAGUUUUGUUCUUGUGACCAGUUCCCAACUUGUCGUUGUGUCACAUACCCUGGGCUUUUUUAAUUGUGCAAUGAUCGUUUAGAGAAGUGGAAAGUCUGGGUUCCUCUCAGGUGCAGGCUUGUUAAUCAUGCAGAGGAAUUCUGACCCUUCUGCAAUAACACACAUGACAAUAUCCAAUAAGCUAACCAUUGUGAGAAGGAUGUUAAAAAUUCUUACAUGGAAUAUGAGUGCUGCUGGUAAAGCCAGUUUUGUUUUACCCCUUUCUCAACACUUGGGGAUGGGAUGAGUCACUUGUUGAGUUAUCACAACACGUCUGGUGUAGUGACACUCAAAGUUCUCUUAGGACAGAAUCCCAAGGAAUGUCCGUGUUUAAACAAAGUGAAUUUGAUUUGUCUAUAUUCAAUUAAAUGCUUUCACCAGCUCAAAAUUUCCUCUCAGUCUGCGAUAGGGUUUACCCUAUCACAGUCUGGAGAAUUUCACAGCCUCCAUCCUCCUGCCUCCCUCCUCCUAGUGAAGAGUGAUGCUAACUCUGUCCUGAUAGAUUAUAAAGUUACAAGCUCUUUAGCCUGUGGCAGAGUGGGUUUGGGGGCACAGGGGGUGCAUGGUGGUGGGGGACGAGGAGAAGAGAGAGAGAAAGGAUAGGAAGAACCUGAGGGUACAAUGUGGAGCUUGCAAUGAUGCUAAGGAGCUGUGGGUACACGAGUGACUCAAUGUUGCAAAACUGAUGCAAGUUCUCUGGAGUAGGAGGUUCCUUGCACUCUGCCCAAACUCCUCCUUCACUGUUGAUAUUAAUUUCUUGUAUUGUUUUAUUUUAACUGGAAUGUUCUGGAAAAAAAAAACAAAAUUGAAAACUGACUCUGCACUUUGUUAUUGCUGCGGGACCAGCGCUUUCUGCAGGGCUGCUCAGUGGGUAUAAUGCAUCUCCGUGGUUCACUGAAGGGUGUACGCAUGCACCUUUUUUUUAAAAAAAUCUACUUUUGAAAGAAUAAAAACACUGUGAAUAUUAAAAUAACAUUGCCUGCCAUUCCCUUGGUUUGGAUGUGAUUGCCAAGUCUCCUGGGAGGUACUGCUGGAGUCUUGUAUCCCAUUAUAUAAUCAUCAUGUGAUAAAUGCAAAUGUGACAUGGCUAGUUGUUAGAAUUAUCGUCUACUCCUGAUGAAAGAAUCUGGUUGGAACUGCAUUCCCUGUGAAAGUUACAACUCUGUUUUACAACCCUUCAGUCAUGAUGUUCAGUACUAAAUAUCAAUAAAACACCCCAGUCAGUAGAAACUGAAAUGAACCAACCAGAGAUUGGACAGAGGGCAGUGAGCCAGUGAUUAAGGUACUUCAUAUGUAGAAUUCCAUGGGCAUUGUGGGCUCUGAUUCUGUCUGACAGACCAUUCUCUUUUUCUGAGCUGUUCUAGGGCAAAUCCAAUUGGGUUUCAU